CCUUGGGAGCCUGCUGCUCGCCUGGAGCCCCGGCUUCGGGCUGGGCCCCGGGGUCACUGUUGAACCGCUGACCCGGCCACCGCCUCGGGUGAUGCCAAGCACAGUGCGCGGACUCUCCGCAGCCCAGGCUCUAAUGCGGAUGAGUUCUGGGCCUCGGUCACCUGCGCGGAACCAAAAGCCUAAAGGUGGUUCUUCAGGAAAACCGGUGUGCAGCGCCGGCAGAAAGCAGAGGCUGCUGCCUCUCUGGAGAGGGGCUGAGCCGCGGUCCGUGUGUCUUGCUCUCGUGUCUGGGGGUCCGCAGCUUUGGCCGCCUCACCCCUUCCUCUCCUUUGUCUCUUCAGGGCUGUGGAACUGCCGGCUAGGAGUCUCAGCUGCCUGCCCCCCAGGCCGAGAUGGCAGCUCGCCUGGUGAAGCGAUGCACCUGCCUCCUGAGGGGAGCCAUGCUCGAGGCCCCUGCCCUGGCUCCGGCCUUCGUACUCCGACUUAGCAGGGUUGCCCCCAGGGUUCUGACGUCCUCAGCUACCUCGCCCAGUUCCCACUUCCCAGGUCCCUUAUCGGGACUUGUAGAGAAGGAACAGGCAUUCGCUGCCAACUCAGAGCACCAAGACGUGGACCAGCUCAUUGAGAAAGCUACUCGGCCUGAGGAGCUGUUGGAGCUCUUUCGUGGUGGUCACUGCUUGCACGAGAACCAUGCAGCCCUCAUCCUCAUCCAGCUCUCUCGCCUGCUGGCCAAUGAGCCAGAAGACAAGAAGGCAUUGCUUCUGCAGGAUGCCCACUUUCAGCAGCUGCUUAAGCUGGUCAAUAGCCAGAUAACCUCGGUGUGGCAUGGGAUCCUUGUGAAGCUGCUCCGGAGCCUCUAUGCGCUGGCGCUCCCCAGGGCCUGCAAGGAGCUGCAGUCGGUGGAGCAGGAGGUCCGCUGGCGCCUGCGCAGGCUUAAGUAUAGGCACCUGGUCUUCCUGGCGGAGUCCAGUGCCACCUACAUGCAGGAGCGGGACUCCCAGGAGCUGCUGGCUGAGCUGCUUUUACACCUGGAACGGCGAUGGGCAGAAAUCGAGGAUUGCCGCAUGGUAGUGUCCAUGAUGGCCAAGAUAGGGCACCUCUCGGAGCCACUGAUGAACCGCCUGGAAGACAAGUGCCUGGAGCUGGUGGAGCAGUUUGGCCCCGACGAACUGCGGAAGGUGCUGGUGACGCUAGCCACUCAGAAUCGGCGGUCAGUGCCCUUGCUGCGGGCCAUCUCUUACCACCUGGUCCAGAAGCCCUUCCCCCUGACGAAAGGCAUCCUCCUGGACCUGGCUUACGCCUAUGGCAAACUCGGCUUCCAGCAGACCCAGGUGUUCCAGCGCCUUGCAUCUGACCUGCUGCCCCGUGCUCCCAGCCUGACAUCCAGCGAGGUGGCCCGCUGCACCAAGUCCUUCGCCCUCCUCAAGUGGGUCAAUGGGCCCCUGUUUGAGGCCUUCGUCCAGCACAUCCUAGACAGAGCCCAGACUAUCACCGGGCUACACCUGUGCAACAUGCUCCUGGCCUUCGCGCAUCUGAACUUCCACCCGGAACAAGAGGACCAGUUCUUCUGCUUGGUCCGUGAGAAGCUGGGCUCAAUGCUGUCGGGCCUGCCCCCAGCCCUGCAGGUGGACGUGGUGUGGGCUCUGUGCGUGCUGCAGCAGGUGCAAGAGGCAGAGCUGCGGGCCGUGCUGUGCCCUGAGCUGCAUACCCAGUUCCUAGGGGGCGGGUCCCCAAAGCAUCAGAGCACCUUCCAGAAGCUGCUGCACAUCAACGCUACCGCCCACCUGGAGCAUCCCGAGUACACGGGCCCCCUCCUGCCCGCCUCUGCUGUGGUCCCCAGGCUCUCAGCCUUAGACAGGAAGGUGACCCCUUUGCAGAAGGAGCUGCAGGACACACUGAGGGGGCUGCUGGGGAGCAGGGGCAGCUUCAUGGUGCCCACGCAGUACGGCUGGGUCCUGGACGCUGAGGUAGUGUUGGACCCAGAUAGCCAGUUCCUGCCCCCGAGGGACUUCGUGGCCCCCCAUCUUGCCCCACCCUCCGGGAGCCAGCCGUUGCCUCCUGGAGCCAAGAGGCUGGCCUUCCUACGCUGGGAGUUCCCCAACUACAGCAGCCGGAGCCGAGACUUAUUGGGGCGCUUCGUGCUGGCCCGGCGCCAUGUGCUGGCCGCUGGCUUCCUGGUGGUGGAUGUCCCGUACUACGAGUGGCUGGAACUCAAGUCUGAGUGGCAGAAAGGCGCCUACCUGAAGGACAAGAUAAGAAAAGCAGUGGCGGAGGAGCUGGCCAAGUGACCUGUCCUGAGCCGUGAACUGCGUUUCCCCAGGGUGGGGCCAGGUUCCCCCAGAGGCCUGGCCAUGGCCACUCAUGGACACACGUCCCUGUGGGGCUUGCCCAGAGAGGAGUGCUGGCCGGCAGCUCUUGCCUCUUGUGGGCAAUAAACCUAGAAUUUCAGUUUUCAACACCAGAAGGCAUCUCGGCCUUUGUCACCGUCACCACCAUCCACCCUGCUUUCCAGGCGGUCCGUCUGUCCUAGCUUCUGCCUCCACGGGGGCCCUUGUCCUAUACAUGCACACACAGCCACCUGCCUCCUGCUCACACUGUGCGCAGAUGUGGUCCUAGAGUUCCAGCUUUGGAGCCGUGAGGACCUUCCUGGGGCAGGCCCAUUGGGGUUUGAGCACAUGAGCACAUGGCUUGGGGCUCUCAUCAUGGUUUGGUACCCAGCACAGUUGUCCUAGAAGUUCUCUUGUGCAUGGUCUCGAGUGAGUGGGGGGAAGCCAGAGACCCAAGCUGACCAGGAGGCACUGGUUCUGGAGCAGAAGGCAAGUGUACUCCUCUGUUACAGCAGGGUUGGAGUCCCCUCACUGCCAUCUCAUCCCAGCCAGGGGUCCUGGUGUCGUGUGCCCUAAGUGCCCUAAGCCUCCUGUCCUGGCCUGGCAGUAUUCCCACUAGACACUGAAAGAACAGUCUGCUUCCCUCCUGGUCCCUUGCCAGAGAUUUCAUUGGCAGAAUAGACAAGAGUGACUACUGGGCACUGCCAUUUGCCCCCAGCAGCUCAGAAGAGUGCAAAGGCAGCCAGGGAGAAGGGCCCCUCAACCCAAGGUCCCCAUCCCAGUGGUGCCACAAGCCUCCAGAGGGUCUCAGGAAGAGCUGGUUCAUCUCUUGAAACCUCGCGGGCCUGGGGGUGGAUGGGGAGCCAUUGGACCCUUGUUUGCACAGGCUGUUGACCAUCCCUCACCGGGGGUGGGGGGGGGGGCAGCCAAGGUAGUCUAGGCAAGAUGGGGGCAGGAGGGCCUGCCACAGUGGAGCACUGUCCUGGAUGAGUGCCACAUGCAGAGCUGGUUCAGGAGGACUUCAGGGAUGUCCCAUCCACCACUUGGGACCACCGGCCUUCAUGGCAGACACUCGGGUUACUUUGUGCUUAUGAGAACGGACAGUGGUCCCUGUGUCCUCCCAGUUUCCCCAGUGCUGACCUCUUGUGGGACCAGCGGGUGUCACACCAGGACACUGACAGGGAAUGGAGUGCACGUUGGCACGAGGACCCCUGUGCCCUUCACACCGUGCAUCCCCCUUGCCAGCUGGUGACCUUGGGUUGGAUGGGUUUAGCUCCUGCGGUUAGGUCCAUUCUUGGAUCAGUGCUUGGGGUGUGGCUGCCUGUCGUGGCACCAUCCCACGUCCCCCUGGCACAGCGAGGGGCCCUGAGGUCCUCCACACCCUCACCCUGUGGUGGACGCUUGAGGUUCCAGGAGGCAGGGCAGGUUCCUGUGGCUGGUGCUGGGGGAUGGCUCUAGCCAUCGAGUGGGUGUUUCCACAACCACCAGCGGUCUUUUCACCUUCACGUGUGCUUAGUGGCCACUCAAAUGAUCUUUGGAGAAAUGCCUACUCCCGUUCUGCGUCUCAUAUGCAGUUAGGUCGUCUGAGUUGUAACAGUAUGUUCCAGAAACCAGUGCCUUGUUGGAUAAAUGAUCUGCAAAUGCUUACUCCCAUUUUGUGGGUUGUACCUUCUUGGUGGUGUCCUUGAAGCUACAAAGUUUCUGUGACAUUCAUUGUAUUUUCUUUUACUUGUGCUUUGGGGCUCUUAUCCAGAAAUCAUUUGGUGAAUCUAGGUCAUGAAAAUAUACCCUGUUUUCUAAGAA